UACUGGGUUAUCCAUGCUUCUGGUGAAACCCUGGAAAACAGGGAAGAGAAGACAGGAGGUCAUUGUUCAUUGUGUGUGGCUGGAAUGCAACCCGCCUUCUACGACAUCUCAUCUUUCAACUCUCAACAUAGAGUAGCUAAAGAGCAGCUAUAUGUGGGAUAUAGCCCCUUCUCAAUCCAUAAGCAGGAACUAGACUCUACGUUUCAAAAACGAUUCAUCAUCGUAAGGAGACUUGAAAGCAAGUGUCCGUAUGACCUGAAACUGGCCCGCGCCUACCCUAUACCAGACUCUCAAGACACAAUAAGCGAGCAAUUAAUGGAUUCUGCUUAG